AUGGCGGGGCCGCAGUCCCUGGCGCUGCAGCUGGAACAAUUGUUGAACCCGCGCCCGCGCGAGGCGGAUCCUGAGGCCGACCCGGAGGAGGCCACUGCUGCCAGAGUGAUUGACAGGUUUGAUGAAGGGGAAGAUGGGGAAGGUGAUUUUCUGGCAGUGGGUAGCAUUAGAAAAUUGGCAUCAGCCUCCCUCUUGGACACGGACAAAAGGUAUUCUGGCAAGGCUACCUCUAGAAAAGCUUGGAAGGAAGACCCCUGGGAGCAGACACUGCCAGGUUCAUCUGACAAGGAAAUAAUAUCUGAUGAGGAUGAGUCUGGAGAUGGAGGUUCAGAGGGGCUGGGUCUGGAGGGAUCUGAUGAGGAUGCCAUGAGUGCUGCUGAGGAAGAGGAGUGUGGUGAUGACAAGGACAGUAGUCUGGCCUGGAAGAAGAGGAUCAAAAGCUGCUCUGAGAGCACACCGGGUUUUAGUGUCCAGAGCAUCAGUGACUUUGAAAAAUUCACCAAGGGAAUGGAUGACCUUGGUAGCAGCGAGGAGGAGGAAGACGAAGAGGAGGAGAGUGGUAUGGAAGAAGGGGACGGGGAGGAAGACUCCACAAAUGAGAGAGAGGAAGACAGGGCUGAAGGCAGGAAUAGUGAAGAUGACGGAGUAGUGAUGACCUUCUCCAGUGUCAGAGUUUCCGAGGAAGUGGAGAAAGGAAGAGCUGUGAAGAACCAGAUAGCUCUGUGGGACCAGCUCUUGGAAGGAAGGAUCAAGCUUCAAAAAGCUCUGUUGACUACCAAUCAGCUUCCUCAACCAGAUGUUUUCCCUAUUUUCAGGGACAAAGGUGGCCCAGAAUUUGCCAGCGCCCUAAAAAAUAGUCACAAGGCCCUUAAAGCAUUGUUGAGGUCAUUGGUAGAUCUUCAGGAAGAGUUACUUUUCCAGUACCCAGACACUAGAUAUCUAGUAGAUGGGACAAAGCCCAACGCCGGUGAGGAAGAGAUUUCCAGUGAAGAUGAAGAGCUGGUAGAAGAGAAGAAGCAGAGAAAGGCCCCACCAAAGAGGAAGCUAGAAAUGGAGGACUAUCCCAGCUUCAUGGCUAAGCGUUUUGCCGACUUCACAGUCUAUAGGAACCGCACACUUCAGAAAUGGCAUGAUAAAACCAAGCUGGCUUCUGGAAAACUGGGGAAGGGUUUUGGUGCCUUUGAACGCUCAAUCUUGACUCAGAUCGAUCAUAUUCUGAUGGACAAAGAAAGAUUACUUCGAAGGACACAGACCAAGCGCUCCAUCUACCGAGUUCUUGGCAAACCUGAACCAUCAGCGCAGCCUGUCCCGGAGAGUUUGCCAGGACAACCGGAGAUCCUUCCUCAAGCCCCUGCCAAUGCCCACCUGAAGGACUUGGAUGGAGAAAUCUUUGAUGAUGAUGACUUUUACCACCAGCUCCUUCGAGAACUCAUAGAACGAAAGACCAGCUCCUUGGAUCCCAAUGAUCAAGUGGCCAUGGGAAGGCAGUGGCUUGCGAUCCAGAAAUUGCGAAGCAAAAUCCACAAGAAAGUAGAUAGGAAAGCCAGCAAAGGAAGGAAACUUCGGUUUCACGUCCUUAGCAAGCUACUAAGCUUCAUGGCACCUAUUGACCAAACUACAAUGAAUGAUGAUGCCAGGACAGAGUUGUAUCGAUCUCUUUUUGGGCAGCUCCGCCCUCCUGACGAAGGCCAGAGGGACUGA